UGCUGGACAUGGAAACAGAAAAGUCCACAUUGGCUGUAGUUAUUUAUGGAUUUGGGGGCAUAGGAAAGACCACGCUCGCCACUGCUGUUAUUGCGGACUUAGUUCUCACACAUUACAACUAUUACGGAGUUCAAAUCGAAGAAGACCACUCGAGGAAUGACAUAAAAUGCAUGCAACAGCAAAUAUUGAAAGAUGCCUUCCCAUCAUAUACUUAGGAUAGGAAUGUUACAUUGAGAAAUAGUGCAGAAGGUCGGGAUCAUCUCACUAGCGCUUUCCAAGCCAGAGGAAACAAACCAGUAUUUCUCUUUAUUGACAACGCUCUUCACGCAGAAGACUUGCAAGAGCUUUUCCCAAAGCGCUUAGCAGGCAUACCGAAAGGGAGCAAAAUAUUGGUCACAACUCGAAAUCUGGGUGUGACGGAUAUGCUCAAAGACGCCGGCCUUGCACGUCGCGAGCAUUUUGUGGAUACUCUAGCUCCCGAAGAGGCACGCAAAAUUUUGUUCGGAAACUUCAAUCCUUCUAAUACCAGACACAGAGACAACGUGCAAAAAAUCCUGCAGAUUUGUGCUGGGAUUCCGUUAGUGUUAGAAAUUGUUGGUGCUCGUUUGCGUAAGCAAAACUACAUGGUAGACAGAUGUACGCAAAUAUUUGAAGCUUUACAGACAGGAGGGGAUAUCAAAGGAGAAAAUCUGAGUCAACGUCUUGUGAAUUCUGUCUAUGAUGAGCUGGAGGAAUCUACGCGAGAAGCGUUUUUGGAUAUUUGCUGCUUCUUUGUUAACUGGAGUCGUCGCGAUGUGGAGCACAUUGUGGGAACUGCAAACAUCACACUUCUCCAGGAGGCGGCAUUGAUGAAGACGUUAGACAAAGACGAGUUAAUUGUCCAUGACAUCAUCCGAGCAAAAGGGCGAAGCUUGUCUAAAUGCAAUAGAAUUAUGGAUAUGCAAUCCGGGCUGGAAGUUGCACACGACGAUCAAAAGCUCAAGCAAAUUAAAGGAGUUUGGCUCGGCAAGGAGGAAUCUGAAUCUGGUAAUGAAGUUGAUGAGAAGCAACUAUAUUCAUUGAAAAAUUCCUUGAGAGUUCUGGGUUUGGAAAGCCAGAUAAAAGUGUCAGGAUCAAGCCAAAAAUCAUCUAAAUUUAAGGAACUCAGAUUUCUUCAACUGGGCGGCGAUAUUUCUGCUUUAUGGCCAGCGAAUUUAGAGUCGCUUGAGCGAUUGACUGUGUUCCAUGGCCCUGUCUUUAAAGAUGGUGUCACUUUAUAUCAGCUGCCUAAGAAGCUACAGAUAAUGAGAGCCACUGCACAGUCUCACUGCGAGGAACCCGAGCCCACCAAAUAUUGGAAAUGA